AUGUCUCCCCAACCUUCCUCAGUGACGGCGUUGUCUGCCCCCGGCAAGGUUCUGCUGACAGGCGGCUACCUCGUUCUCGACCGGGCCUACACAGGCACUGUAUUCGCCCUCGAUGCGCGCAUCCACGUUGUCGUACAGCAGUUGAGGCGGGGACACCGCCGUGGACCUUCGGGGGCGAGUGCGGAUGCAGAAGUUGGCAAGAUUGAAGGAGAGGAACAGGAGGCUGAGCAUACUGUCGUGGUGCGAUCGCCACAAUUCGUGGAUGCGGUCUGGGAGUAUGGUGUGCAACGAUGUGAGAAUGGUGGGGGUGUGAAGGUCAUUCAGAAAGGCAAUGGACCGCGCAAUCCCUUCGUUGAGACCUCAUUGAGCUACGCGUUGACCUACAUCAGCUACGUCGCCGACUCCAAAGAUUUCGGCUCCUUGUCGGUUACCAUCCUGGCAGAUAAUGACUACUACUCUGAGACUGCUACGUCCAAGGGAGACGCAACGCAGGGACGCGCUGGACGCUUCGUCAACUUUGGCGUUCCCCUUCACGAAGCUCAUAAGACAGGCCUGGGCUCAUCGGCCGCACUCGUGACGGCUCUCGUCUCUUCCUUGGUGAUCCACCGUACGAUGCAAGCAGAUGAUCUUGGUGCCGGACGUGACAAGCUGCACAAUCUGGCUCAAGCUGCACACUGCGCUGCUCAGGGCAAGGUUGGGUCUGGAUUCGAUGUGGCGGCUGCAGUAUACGGAUCAUGCCUGUACAAGCGUUUCUCGCCUGCGAUUUUAGAAUCCGUUGGCGAUGUGGGUACCGCCGGAUUUGACGAGCGAUUGUUUGCGAUUGUCGAGGACGUGGACCCCAAGCACCCCUGGGAUACCGAGUGCGUGGAUUUCGGCAUGCAGCUUCCACGCGGGAUGCAGAUGGUCCUGUGCGACGUUGAAUGUGGUUCUCAGACGCCAUCGAUGGUGAAGAAGGUGCUGGAGUGGAGGAAAAACAACCGCCAGGAGGCUGAUACUCUCUGGGGCAGUCUUCAGAAUAACAAUGAGCGAUUGCGACAAGAAUUGAAGCGCCUGGCCCAGCACCCGGACGCCAAUGCGGAUGAUCAGUUCUCUGAAGUCGCAACUUUGAUUCAGCGAACCCGCCAUCUCAUUCGUACUAUGACCCGCCAGACGGGCGUUCCCAUCGAGCCUAGCGUGCAAACCGAGCUGCUGGACAGCUUGACCGAGAUCGAUGGUGUCAUUGGAGGCGUCGUACCCGGUGCAGGUGGUUACGAUGCUAUUGUGCUGCUUAUCCGCGACGAUCCCUCGGUUAUCACGCGACUGAACGAGCGGUUUGAGAACUACCAGAGUGCAGUGGAAGACGACUUUGGCGGCAAGAUUGGCAAGGUGCGACUGCUGGGCGUGCGGCACGGAUCCGAAGGUGUGAAGAAUGAAAUGCUUGACCAGUAUGCCGGCUGGGUCUAG